AUGACACCCACGCGUGUGUGUUACGUGGAUGGUUUUGACCCUGUGACCCAGACCGUGUACGAAUUUCUUGGCUGUGUAUGGCAUGGUUGUCCUUGCUGUCAUCUAAACCACAGAUUAGUUCCUAAAGUGCAUCUAGACCAUUCCAUGGAAGAAGUGUAUGACGUGACCUGUGCCAAAACCACUUUGUUACACUCGAUGGGUUUCACCGAGGUGAAAAUGUGGGAAUGUUUUUGGGAUGACCUCUCCAAACACGACCCGCGAUUGAUACAGUUUCUUCACACCUUGGAAAUUGUAGAGCCCCAAGAGCUGCGUCAUACAUUUUACGGUGGAAGGACCGGCGCUACAUAUUAUUAUGGCAUCGCCAAAGUGGAUAUUGUACCACCAGAAGAAUUGUUCAAUCCUGUCUUACCCCAUCGAAGUGGAGGAAAAUUGUCUUUUCCGUUAUACUGUACCUGUGUGGAACAACAACAAGCAAAACCGAUGCUCGACCGCCGAUGGACCUGUACUCACACCCAUCAAGAACGCCUCAUCCGCAACCAACGUGUCGAAGGAUUGUUUGCCGGGUAUGUGGAUACAUGGCUGAAAAUGAAACAAGAAUCAAGCAGGCGGCCAUCUCAUUUACGCACCCUAGAAGUAUUGCAGAAUUACAUUAACCACUAUGAAGCGCAUGAAGGUAUCCAAAUGGAACCAGGAAAAAUUGUGAAGAAUGCAGCCAAACGUUCAUUAGCCAAACUCAUGAUGAACUCAUUCUGGGGUAAAUUUGGAGAAUACCUCAAUAAACAUGCGGUGGAAUCAGUCACAGCGCCUCACGAAUUGUUUGAAUAUUUAAAUAAUUCAUUGGUGGUCAUUCAUGCGAUUCGCAUCUUUUCAGAAGAUGUCUUAGAAGUGGUGUUUAGCUACGUAGACGAAGACGCUUCGAAAGAUUUUGUCAUCUUCUCAUAUAAACCCGGCAAAACCACGAUCACAUUAGGCGAUUAUCCUGAUGAUAUAACCAGUGAAUUGAACGAGGAUGAUUACAUAACUGAGUUUGUAUCGGGUAGUGCCAAAAAUUACGGAUAUCUCACCAAACAAGGCAAGUCUUGCUGUAAAGUACAUGGAUUUACUCUGAAUUAUCGUGGAAGUUGGUACCUGAGUUACGAAGUUAUGAAACAAAACGUCUUGGAGGAAAUUACAGAUCCUUUGGAUGAAGAGUGA